AAAACGUUUUUGUUGCCCUUGUCGGGUCUCAGGUUCCGCCUCAUGUUCGAUUCUUUCUACCCUCGCAAACUGCUGGAUAAUCCUAUUGAUCUCUGAAAUAAGUGAGUAAGGAGCCUCCUUCUACCGUAAGUACUGCAGUAUGAGCCUUGCCUGGCAACGAGUCCUUGGUGGCAUUUCUGGCUGCGCUGCCAUUGGCACGAGUGCGUACGGAGCUCAUGGCCUCAAGCCAUCGAAAGAAGCGUACGGCAAGACGUAUGAAAGUGGAUCAAGAUUCCAUCUCCUGCAUUCGAUUCUCCUCGUGGCCACUCCUUCCAUUUGCGGACGAAAAAACGUACGCAUGGCCAAUGUAUCUGGAGCGCUGUUGACGGUGGGUAUGGCCCUCUUUAGUGGAUCCUGUUACGCCGUCGCAAUUACCGAAGAUAGAAGUGUUGGCAAGGCAGCACCCGUGGGCGGAAUCGCUCUCAUGGCGGGUUGGCUCUCAUUGGCCCUCGUCAGAAGAUAGUGGCUUCCACCAGAAUAUCAUUGUUCACGGUGGGCGUGAUUAUUUUCUUGAUAGAAAUUUAUUGUGCCGUCUUCCCUACUCUGGUAGCUACCGGUAGGCCACCCCUAAUCAAUCGUUCGCAUGAGAGAGGUAUACUACAUGUCGAUUCGAUUUCGUUUCUUCGUCUCGUCGUGACGUCUUUCCCUUUCGUGAUAAGCAGCUAGUAUUGUUAGCAAUCUUUUUAUCAUGU